CCCGUGGAGAGGUCGAAGUUCGCUGCGCUUUUGGAGAUGUGAACGCGCACGGCCGGGAGACAACUGUUACUCCUCUUCUCCCCCCCUUUCUCUCUCUCUUUCUCUCUUUCUUUCUGCACUCUUUCUCUUUCUCUCCUUUUCCCCUCUUUCCCACGCACGUGCACGUGUCCUGCCCCCUCUCACACACGCACGCGCACGGACAGUCGUGUCGGAGCCUCGGAGCAGCCCGGGACAGAUAUGUAUUCUCCGCUAUGUCUGACGCAGGAUGAGUUCCAUCCGUUCAUCGAGGCUCUGCUCCCGCACGUUCGCGCCUUCGCUUACACCUGGUUUAACCUUCAGGCGAGGAAGAGGAAGUACUUCAAGAAGCACGAGAAGCGCAUGUCGAAGGAGGAAGAGCGCGCGGUCAAAGACGAGCUGCUCGGCGAGAAACCCGAGGUCAAACAGAAGUGGGCCUCUCGACUUUUGGCCAAACUCCGUAAAGACAUUCGCCCCGAGUUCAGAGAAGACUUCGUCCUGACGGUGACGGGGAAAAAGGCGCCGUGCUGCGUCCUGUCCAACCCCGACCAGAAAGGAAAGAUGCGCCGCAUCGACUGUCUGCGUCAGGCCGACAAAGUCUGGAGACUGGACCUGGUCAUGGUGAUUCUGUUCAAGGGCAUCCCUCUGGAGAGCACGGACGGCGAGCGCCUCGUCAAGAGUCCGCAGUGCGCCAACCCCUCGCUCUGCGUCCAGCCGCACCACAUCGGAGUGUCCGUCAAGGAGCUCGACCUGUACCUCGCAUACUUCGUACACGCAGAGGCCCAAUCGGAGAGUCCGACCCAGGGCAGCGACGGCGACGUGAAGGAGCAGCCGGAGAACGGGCAUCUGGGCUUCCAGGACAGUUUUGUGACUCCUGGAGUUUUCACGGUGGCUGAACUCGUGCGCGUUUCACAGACUCCGAUCGCCGCUGGUUCUGGUCCAAACUUCUCUCUGUCCGACAUCGACAGUUCAUCAUAUUACAGCCUGAGCCCAGGAGCCAUGAGGAGACCCCUGCCCAGCACCUCCUCCUCCAGUUCGGCCAAGAGGAUAAAGUGUAUGGAGGAGGACGUGGACAGUCCGGGGGAGGAGACGUACUACAGUGGACAGGGACGGUCCCCGGGCAGCGGCAGCCAGGGCAGCAGCUGGCACGACGUCGAGCCUGCGAGCCCCCAUGCGCCCCCUGCUGGUCUGCACUUCUCCUCGUCCCCCAUCCUCCAGCAGCCCGGGUCCUACUUCUCCCACCCGGCGAUCAGGUACCACCCCCAGGACACGCUCAAGGAGUUUGUGCAGCUCGUGUGUCCAGAAGGGGGCGCCCCACAUCCGAACGGUGGGUCCCAGGGGAAGGUCCAUAACCCGUUCCUGCCCACCCCCAUGCUCCCCCUCCCCCCCCUCCCCCCAUGGCCCGACCUGUGCCCCUCCCAGUGGACACCAAACCCCCGGCGACAUCGUCCACCGACGGAGGCAGCUCCCCCACCUCCCCCACGUAUUCGACCCCCACGUCCACCUCCCCGGCACAGAGGUUUGUGAGUGUGGGACCCCGAGACCCGGGAUUCAACAUCCCCCAACAACCUCAGUGGUACUUGGGAUAAGUCUGUGAAUCGCCGCAGUCUUCUUCUUCUUCUCCUCAAACUGUGACGUUGACGCCAGCUGCACCAGUGAGCCUCCCUCGCCCUUUAAACAGCCGCCAUUUUUCCUCCGAGACUCUUCCGACCGACUCAGCAUCAGCAUGGCUCCAGCUUCACCCGAGGGGGGCGCUGUUUACCCACGUUUAGUGCCAGUGACUGUCAGAAACCCAAACAAACGGGAGGCGAGGUCCGACCCGGAGCCUGACGGACGCUGAACCCCGCAGGAGUCCGACCCAAACCCCCGGAGCGGCCGUGCGGGCGCCGUCCGAGCUCCUGCAUUUUCACUGUUGUCCUGAACGUCUUACUUACCUAAAAAGGAAGGACAAAAAAAAACAAACAAAAAAAAAAAAACAACGGCUUUUCCGAGAGAACGGUAAAAGCCUGAAUCUUUCCGAGCGGACACGGACCUUUGCGGAGAGAUGUGAAUGAACUUCAUGAGGUUUGAGUUUUGGGCAGGCGGGAAUCGAACCGCAGACGGAACUCAGAGGGGGACAAACCACAAACCCGGAGCCGUUUUGUUUGUAUCUCCACGUUACAAUCACGCCGCGCGUUCGACGCCUGUUCUCAGCUCAGUGUAAAAAAAAAUCAUCCUCCCAUAAAUUUUAUAUGCAACCUGCGAAAAACCAAAGGCCCCUCAUCGUCCCGACACGAGCCCUUUACAGACGCCAUCGUCCCUCACGCCUCCGCCGCAGUUUUCACGGAAGAACUCAGAGCGACUUCUGAACGUACAAACACGAGGUCUGCGGGGGUCACGACGAGGCCGACGCUUACGCUUUUAGAACACGAACCUCCACAAAAAUCCAAAUAAUCAAACCAGUUACUCUCAAGGAAAAAGUAUAAAUUAAGUUUUAUUGUCGUUUUUAAUUCAUCUUUUAAACUCGCUCACGUCACAAAACCGGAAAACGUUUGGAAACAUGCGAACGACGACUUUCUUUGGGCUUUGUCGCCGA